CGCUGCCCACAACCCCCCGCGCCUGCCCUCAGUAAAGAUGGCGGGCAUGAGCCUCCUCUGGUCGGCGGCGGCCUCUCUUGUCAGCCGUCUGCAGCCGGUACAGCGCGGUGUGCUGGGGAGAAGAGCGCUGCUGGGGAGCGCACCGCCGCCCGCUGCGGUUCCCGUACGGUUUGAAAGCCAUGGAAAGAAGUUGUUUGUAGUCGCACCAUCUACAUAUUAUGACAAAAGAUUUCUCCACUUGCUGAAAUUCUACACGUUACUGGCAGCCGUGCCCGCUGGUAUAGCCAUUACACUCAUCAACAUCUUCAUUGGACCGGCAGAAUUAGUUGAAGUUCCAGAGGGUUAUGUUCCCGAUUAUUGGGAGUACUACCAGCAUCCGAUUACCCGUUUUCUUGCCCGCAAUAUAUAUCAUGAUUAUCAGCAAUCAUAUGAACAGGAAAUGGCUGUAAUUCAUGUUGAGAAUGAGAAACGGUUGCUCAGACUCUAUGAACUUGCAGCGCGCCGCUCAAUGAGACAGAAUGGAGAUGGUCCAUGGUAUCAGUUUGAGACUUUGGAUAAGAACCUCAUUGAUAAUUCACCUAAGUCACUCCCUGAUGAGUAGUGCCCCUGACUGCUCUGUAUUGUUGUAAAGCUUAAUUUCACAUGUGUCCACUUAUUCUGGUGACUGAUUCAAAUAAACUUUGUACCAGUGUAGUGUUA